AUGGCACGGAUAAGGAUGCUGCGAGCUUCGCGUCAAGCCGCAAUAUUUGCCGUAGGAGCAGCAGCGGGCACUCAAGUUUCAGCAAUCCCGUCGCCUUUCCGCACAGCCUACGCUGAAGCUCCCUCUAAAGACGAAGUGCGGAACACCCUCCCCGAGAAAAAGCCCAUAUACUCCCCAUACCCAGUCGCGCCCACCACCCCCCAACCGUCGGCCACUUCACCCGUGUCACAACCUAACCCUACCUCACCCACACCAACGGACAGGCUCGCAGAACAGGUAAAGAAUGCUCGGAUCUUCCUCUACCAUCAUUCUCUCUCCGCCGAGACAUCCUUCAACAACUUCCUUACCUGGGCGUUCCGCAAGGAAACAGACUUCAGCAACACCAUCGCAUCAUUAGCUCCUAAGCCGGAGACAGGAGAGCAACUCCUCCCGGGAGCCAUUUACGUCCUUGUCGCGACGCUUACAGGCUCGAUAAUCUCGCGGAACAGAGGUAUUAUCCUGCGAUCUACAUUCCCACUGGCCGUGGGUAUUGCCGCGGGCUGGUAUUUGAUCCCCGUGACCAUGCGGAACACUUCACACUUGAUUUGGGAGUAUGAGAAGAGAGUGCCCGUGGUUGCUGAUACGCAUACGCAGAUCAGCGCGCUCGUGCAGGAGGCGUGGAAGCAGACGCGGGGCAUCACACAAGAGGCCGUCGAAUGGGCAGAUGAGAAGACAAUUGAGGCCAGGAAAAGCGUGGAGGAUUUGGUCUCCAAGGGGAAAUAA